GAUUCUCUCCAUUCCUCGCCUUGGAGUUGCAUUAACCAGAAUCAAAGAAGGAAAAAAACUACAUGGAUACAGGAAACACACGAUCAAUGUAAUAUAAUGUAUAUUAUACAUGACAUUUAAAUAUCUACCAUGUAAGCUUUUACUUUGCAGCCAACUGAGAAUACUGCGCAAGGUUUUGGCGUUGACUGCAAACUAUCCACUUAUGCAAUGAAAAGUUAGGCUCAUUUCGAUGCAGAAAAUCCUGGACAUCUGCACAAAGGAAACACCAUUUAAGCAUCACAACGUCUUUUGAGGUGGUCCACGACACAGCUCCCCUCGAAGCCGACUGCACCGCUCAGCUCUGUUCCGCAUCUUUCUUCGACAUCAACAUUAUUAACGGAAGAGGGGGGGGAGAGCUGCUCAUGCGCAGAACCACGAACAGCAGGCUGGUCUUUGUUUAGACGCAGCUUAAUACGACUCCACAUUUAGUAAUUUACGGUGUCAGUAACAGUCGGACUAGCAUUUCCAGAAUAGCACACAAGAUUCAGAAUAAAGUGGGCAUAUUUUUCUAUAACAAUAAUUUAAAGGGCGAGAGUUGACGGUUGCUUCUGUAUACAAAAAAAAUAAACCCGCUAUUCUUAAGGUAGUCUGGCGAUUGUUUUUUUUAAAUAUAUAUUUUAUUUUUCUUUUCACAACGAUCCUACUGCAGGAUUGUGUCUGAGGAUAUGGAAAGGUGCAGGUAGAAGAAGGAGACCUCCUCCUGUAAAAGUCAAGCUAACAUGACCAAGGAUAGUUAUUUUUCCAGCGAGAGGCAGCUCAUGGAAAGCGAAGGAAGGGGACAACUUUCUUGCUGCCUGAAAUUUAACGGUGGCGAGUGCAAUUUCACAGGGAAAAGCCCAAGGUCCUGACUCCACCGAAUAUCUUUUCUAAAAACGAAAUCGAAAAACGUCGAUCGGUGUGGCGGCGAUGGAGUCCGUGGGGAAAUUCGAGUUUAGCCGGAAAGACCUGAUAGGACAUGGAGCGUUUGCAGUGGUUUUCAAAGGCAGGCAUAAAGAGAAACACGACUGGGAAGUGGCUGUUAAAUGCAUAAACAAGAAAAACUUGGCAAAAUCCCAAACGCUUUUGGGCAAAGAAAUUAAAAUUUUGAAGGAACUAAAACAUGAAAACAUCGUUGGGUUGCUGGACUUCCAGGAAAUGGCAAGCUGUGUUUACCUUGUCAUGGAGUACUGCAAUGGAGGAGACCUGGCAGACUAUCUCCACUCCAAGGGCACCCUGAGUGAGGACACCAUCCGGGUCUUCCUCCAGCAGAUUGCGGGCGCUAUGAGGGUCCUCCAGGCCAAGGGCAUCAUCCACCGGGACCUCAAGCCCCAGAACAUCCUGCUGUCCUACUCAGGGGGGCGCCGGUCAAACCCCAACAACACCCGCAUCAAGAUCGCCGACUUUGGAUUUGCACGGUACCUGCAGAACAAUAUGAUGGCGGCCACACUGUGUGGAUCUCCCAUGUAUAUGGCCCCUGAGGUGAUCAUGUCCCAGAACUACGAUGCCAAAGCGGACCUUUGGAGCAUAGGGACUAUAGUGUACCAGUGUCUGACCGGGAAGGCUCCCUUUCAGGCAAGCAGUCCACAAGAUCUCCGGCUCUUCUAUGAGAAGAACAAGAACCUCAGCCCCAACAUCCCCCGGGAGACAUCUGCUUAUCUUAGACACCUGCUUCAGGGACUGCUACAGCGGAACCACAAGGACCGUAUGGACUUUGAUGAAUUCUUCAGGCACCCUUUUCUAGAAGCAAGUUCAUCGAUGAAGAAAUCUGCCCCUGUGCCCAUGCCUUCGUACCCUAGCUCCGGUUCUGCCAGCUCCUGCAGCAGCUCCUCCACCUCCCACCUGGCCUCCCCUCCCCAGUCUGUGGCUGAGAUGCAGCAGCUGCAGCAGAAGACCCUGGCGUCCCCUACCCAAGAUGCACCGGGUUUCCUGCUUAAGGACUCUGCCGGCAACAGCAGCAGCAAGAAUUCCUCCUGCGACAUGGAUGACUUUGUCAUGGUGCCGGCCCAGCUGCCCAGUGAGAUGACCUGUGAGGGGAUAGGUGGCAAAACUGUGCAAGAUAGCCUGAUGUACAGUGGGAGCUCGCUACUGGCCUCUACUGGUGGCCGUGUGGCACAAGUCAGGACCCGGUCACCAUCACCAUCCUUCAGUGGGUCUCCCGGCCUUCUUAGCAGCAGACCAGUAGAGUUCUCCAGCACCUAUGGCCAGUCAGUGCCCAUUCCAGUACCCACCCAGGUUCAUAACUACCAGCGCUUGGAACAGAACCUUCUCGAACCCAGCCAUCAGGGCUCUCCCAGGGCGGCAGCUCCGUCCCCUCGCCGGUGCUCCAGUGGCGGUUGCCUAGGUUUCGGGAAGACCGGAACAUCUCCCCCAUACCCAGGAGACCCAGGGCCUGUCUUCAACUCCCGCAGGUUGUCCUGGGGUGGCUCCAGACCUUACCAGCCUUCCCCCCAAGUGGGCACCAUCCCGGAGAUGCCGGGGCAGACCCUUCGUAUGGCAGCAGAGCCGGGCCGGACCUCGCACGGGACCGCUGUAUUGGGCCACGAGUUCUUCCCUCAGCAACAAGGCCUUGGAUCUCGGCUCCACAGCGCCCCCUGUUUGCUGGAGGCUGCCGAUGGUGGCAGGCAGAAGAUUCGCAAGCAGCACUCGGACCCACUGGUCCCACGAUCCUGCAGCCUGCUCCAGCACGCCUCACCCAAGCUGAGUGACCUCAUCCAGCGCAGCCCCCUACCCACCAUUCUGGGCUCCCCCACCAGGACCAUGCCUCCCUUUGAGUUCCCCAAGCCUCCAAGCUCUCAGAACCUGGUUACAUUGCUGGGGCAGCAGGCGCUGGUCCUGACCCCGACCCGCAACCGGACUGUUCCAGACCUGAAGGACAUGGGCCUGGGACCUGGUGUCCAGCCUGGCCUUGUCCCCCGAGCGCCAGAGGGGGUUCUCGGCUCAUUUGGAAGGUCUCUGAGCACUGGCCGGCUGUCCGACAUGCUCCUAAAGGCUGCCUUCGGCACACAGCUGCUGGAAGGAGGAAGCAGCGAGAGCCUGAGUGGAGAGAAGCCCAUGGAGACGGCCGGUGGAGGUGGUACUGCAGCUGUCUCAGGGAGCCCGGGCCCAGUGGUGUUCACGGUAGGGUCUCCACCCAGUGGAAGCACUCCUCCGCAGACUCAGCGCACCAGGAUGUUCUCAGUGGGCUCGUCCAGUUCCAUCAGUUCCGCUGGGUCCUUCAGCAGCCGGCAGGCCCCCACAGGCACCUUCGUGGAAGGCGGCGAGGGUCCGUCCAGCCCCCGAUUUGGCUUCACUGACCCCGUGGCAGCCAACCUGGAGGGUGCCGUCACCUUCGAGGCCCCCGAGCUCCCCGAGGAGACGCUUAUGGAGCAGGAGCACACGGAGACGCUCCGCGGGCUGCGCUUCACGCUGGCCUUUGCCCACUGCGUCAUGGAGAUCGCCAGCACCAAGGGUAGCAGCUUGGAGAGCACCGAGGGCCUGGACGCCUCCUUCCUGCAGCAGCAGAGCCUGGUGGCCGAUCAGAUCAGCCUGCUGAGCCGCGAGUGGAGUUAUGCAGAGCAGCUGGUGCUGUACAUGAAGGCUGCAGAGCUGCUGGCAUCAGGGCUGCAUGCCGCCAUGGAGGGAGUCCAGCUCAACAAGCUCUUCCCCUCGUCUGCCGUCAAACAAGAUUGUGGUAACCACGGCGCCCCCUGCUGUUUCGUUGUCACCCGCGCAGUGGUGAAGAAGCUGAACGAACUGUACAAGUCCAGCGUGUCGUCCUGCCGCUGCCUCAGCAUGCGUCUGCAGCCGUUCUUCGUGCACAAGCAGCGGCUGAUGGAUCGCAUCAACAGCAUCGCAGCGGAGAAACUCAUCUACAGCCAUGCUGUGCACAUGGUGCAGUCAGCGGCACUGGAUGAGAUGUUCCACCACGGAGCCCCUUCUAUGGGCCGGUACCACAAAGCCCUGCUUCUCAUGGAGGGCCUGUCCCACAUGGUGACCGAGCAAGAGGAUGUACGCAACCUCGGCAAAUGUAAGCUGUGCAUCGAGCGUCGGCUGUCGGCUCUGCAGUCCGGGUUGUGCUCAUGAGGGCCGCAACUGUGCCCCCGCCCUCUCUCCCUCCUGCCUGUGACCCCACCUCCUUCCCCCAAGCACCUUGGUGCCAAACCAUCACCAAAGGCUAAAGGCAGAGGAGGGUCUUCUAGGCCUGUUGUGGUGGCCUGGAGGCACCCAAAAACAGCCACCCUCCCCAUCCACCCUUUCACAGCUUGGACCCCCCCAUCUGCCAUUGAUCCAUACGCUCAUUCAGCAUCACUGGUUUCAGGAGAGGUGUGAGAUGAACCGGACCGGACCUCCGGAGGAAAGACGCAUCUGUCCUGAGUGUGACCCAGGGGAGGUGGAUGGCUGACAUCUUUGCCUGACAGCUUGGUCGCCUUUGCAGAGAUGAUUGACGUCUCUCUGCUGAAUCAAACUAAAUGGCUUUCAGUGACUUUUUGUGGAAUUGCGCUUCCUUUCUUACUUUUUACAGUUUCAGUGAAUUGAAGCCCUUAAAGUAAGAGAGGGCACCUCUCUUUGCACUACAUCACGUAAGUCAGAUUUCACUUAAUUAACAUCCAGCAUCGAUCGUUAGUAGAGCCUGUAUAGGAAGGACUGGGGGUUAGUGGGGCGGGGGGUGUUUUUAGACCAAAGUAUUACAGCGCCGCUGUCAUGAUGCUGGAAAGACAGCUGCAGCUAUCAGAUCGGGGGGAGCAAGGUGUGUGCGUUGGUGCCUGCUCUCUCCUCUCACUGUUGUAGCAGCUGACCUACUCUUUAAGCAAGAAGCACAUCACGAUACAACACACCGGAAUUAAACCAGUCGCUCGUUCACAAAGUCACAAGUCACUUUGCCAGUUCACUUUGUUUGCUAGAUGAAGUGGGGGUGCCUCCAGUUUGUCAUCGUUGGCGUUGAGGAUCGUUUCCAUAAGAUGCCUGUGUUUGCCAUGACCCAUGACAUGUUAGGAAUCCCAUUGCACUGUUUCAACUUAGUCUUGGACUCAGCUGUUGACGCUGAUGUGUUUAAUGCGUUUUGUAGUGUUUCCUGGCUUGAAUGUAUGUACCUUUAUAGAAAUGUAGCAAAGCAAUCUGAGGCAAACCCCCCCCCCCCCCCACAUGUCAUGAAAGCCUUUUAGUGUCUUUUUUUUGUUUUUUUCUUACUCCAAAUGUAGGAAAAUGGAACAGAGGAGCACUUUAAUUCUGUAUGUAAAACCUACAAUGGUGUCUGUGUGUAUGUGGACCAGUGUGUGUGCAUGCACGUGUAUAGAGUACUUAAGUUCGGACUAUAUUUAAUCCUCUUUCUUUGGCACAUUUAAAAACUUUUUUUCUACUCUUCUAAAGUGAUAUGGCUGCUGGCCAUGCUAAAUGUGUGGGGAUGUUUCAUUUUUACUGUUUCGUAAGGUGAGACCGUGUGGAAACUAUGCUGGUUUGCUCGGCUGUUCAAGCGUGGUGUGGAGCAGACUGGGUACAUGGUCAAGAUUCAAACAAGGCUGAGGAACGUGGCCCCGUGGACAAUCCUAUGCAGCCUACAAUCGUGAAAUUUAAUAUUUUAUUUUCCCAAAAAAAAUGUAUUUAUUGGAGGAAAAUGUUUGGAGCCUGAAUUCAAAGAGCAGUUGACAGUAGUAGCGAGGUGUGGGGUGGGGUGGGGGGGGAGAGGUUGUGGGGUUGGUUAAUUUGGACAAGGGAUUGAUAUCGUCCUACUCUGACUCAUGCUAACUCAGGAAGCGUCCGCUGGAGAUAGCAGUGGGAGCUACAGCCACUCGUCCUGGAAUCGUAACCAUGUUGACACUACAAAAAAAACGGAAAAAUGAUGAUUUAAAAAAAACAAAAAAAAACAAAAAGGCGGACUCUCAAAUCACCUGAAGCCAUGUGGACACAUUGUGGGGCUGGGCCUGAUCUGGACUGUACCAGCUGACCCAUGAAAUACCUGGAUCCGAGGCUCUGAUUUAAUCACAGCAUGUGCACCUUGUUUCAGACAUUGCAAAACAACUAGGUAAUGGAUGAAUGAACCAAGUACUGUAUAUGGAUAAAUUCAUGUAACCAGUAUGCUAAGACACUGGGAGGUCCCAUGUGCCAUUCUCCUUUAAUGUGUAGUUCAAGAAAUAUCAAUUUUAGCUUUUUAUUGUUUUUUUUUUUUUUUUGGAAGGUGUAUUUGUGCUUUGGUUGGAUGCUGUUUUUUGUCAGUAGUGGUUUGCAUUGGUCUGUAUUUGUUUGUUCGUGUGGGAGGAAGUUUAUAAGCUAUGAGAAAGGAACUAGCUGGAGCACCUUUUGAAAGUCCUCAGAGUUAAUUUGUACACUGUUAAAAAGCUAGGUUUUAUAAAAUGUAUUUUUACUUUGAGUGUGUUUGUCUUUCUUCGCCCCCUCCACUGGAGAAUUCAGCAGGGGGUGGGUGGUUGUGUAAAAUUAAGAAUUUUUGUAUGAUGAGUGAUUCAAAUAAAAUUGACAGUGCAUUUUUAUUGUAAUUAUAAACUUGGAGCUUAACUCUGCGCUGGUGUAGCUCGGGCCUUUGCGUGACAGAUGGAUGUGUGGUGCAACAGCGUCUGAACGGCAUCAGAAAACAACAAGGGGUCGGAUCCCAAAAAUAACGCAAGGAGGACCUGCACUGUUUUUUUACUGAUGUUUUGCAGAAGAGAGAGAAGCAGGUGUGUCUUAGGAUCUCCAGCGAGAACCAUUAAACCUGGCCACUGUUCUUUGGUCGCGUUCACUGGGGCUGCCAAUGGACAAAACCACUGUCUGACUUUUGGAUGUCCGGGGGUCGUGACAUCCUUACCACCCCACCCGGGAUUUAUGUAAAUGAAUGUAAUCGGUGGACACCCACAUGCAUACCCUUCUCUGCGGAUGGUUUACACAUCACCAAAACCAGUGUCGAAAUAAUUUCAUGAUACUUGAACAAUUUGCUAUCGAUCGCUUAUAAAUAUAAAUCAUUUUAUUUUGUGGUUGUUUGUUCAAUGUAUAUUUUUAUCAUAAUCCUUCAGUACAGCUUGUAAAUAAAGUCUGUAUAUUUAGUAUUUAUUGGUUUAUUAAGUAUUUAGAUUGCUUUAGGCAGAUUAUCCUCCACCCCAAGACACUUCCCUAGAUGUUCUGCAAGCUAUACUUUUGCUAUUGCUGGAUUGUAGCAUAUUCCUGACAGUCUAUAACAAUUAAAAACAAAACGAAAUGAAUAACUGUGUGAUGUAAUUCUGGUUUGAACAUGCCACAGAAAUAAAAGGUUGUUUGAAGUGUA